GUGUGUGUGGAGGGAAGGGGUUAAUUCAUCCACGGAAGUUUUCCUUUCUUGUCUCACUAUUGACUGUAGUAACAUAUAUGACUACAAUUAAAGCAUAAUUAUCUAGUUGCUGAGAGCUUCAUUGUUUUGCAAGAUUUUCGUGUUUGGCUAUAUUUCAGCUUCCUUUCUCUCAUCUUUUUUCUGUAUGACAACCUUGUGUUUGUUAGUUGACCAAAGCAAGUAUUUCCUGAACAUCCAUGGCUGAGAGUGCACUUGCAGCUUUGAACUAACGUGGUGUAGUCCUGGGUUCACUUCCGAAAUGGUUGUUGAUGGAACUUCCUUGUUCUGGACUCUCUCUCUCUCUCUCUAACCAUCUCUCCUUCUCUCUCCAUUAAUAAUUCGGGGGGAUGUUACACUUCUAAUGGUAGGCUAGUACUAGUUCAAGCGGCUGAUGUCACCAAGUUCACUGGGAAAUAUACUUUAGCGACAUAUGCUGCCAUUCUCUGGGACUCAUGCGGUUGCAAGAAACAAAUAUUAACCAUAGGCUCUUGGUUUAGUUAUUAAUUGGAGUUUUGGGUCAAUUAGCAGUCAAGGAAGAGGCACCAGUGGCUUGUGAAAGGAGUUGGCAUUUUAAUAGCUUCUUGACAAUCUGCAGAACACAAAGGGAUGUUGGCUGUCCGUAUUCAAAGAGCUGGAGGGCCGGAUGUGUUAAUACCGGAAGAAUUAGAAUUGCCUGAGAUCAAAAUGUAUGACGUUUUAAUUGAUGUAGAAUGGUGUGGGGCUAACAGAAUAGAUUUGGACCAAAGAAUAGAAGGGAAGAAGUGCUCAAAUGGUGUGGCCUAUUGCCCAGGGCUUGAAUGCUCUGGGCGUAUUAUAGCUGUGGGGAAAUAUGUCAGUCAGCAUAAGCCAUCUGGUCGGGUUUGUGCGAUUCUUGAUGGAGGGGGAUAUGCCGAUAAAGUGGUAGUGCCAGCCAAUCAAGUUUUUGAGGUUCCCGAGCGUAUUUCCCUCAAAGAAGCUGCAUGUUUUCCUGAGGCUGCUUGUACCAUUUGGCAGGCCUUUUCCAAGGUCAAGAUAGAAAGAAGAAAAACCAUAUUGGUACAUGAAGCCUGCGGUUAUUAUGCAGUAUUUGCGAUGCAGAUGGCAAGACUAAAGGGGGUUCGGGUGUUUGUUGCUACAGAAAAUGAUGAAAAUAAUAAUUUUUACAUGGAGCUAGGCGCCUACAAAUGUAUCAACUGGAAUGAUGAUGAUUUUCUUACUCAGGUGCAGAAACUAACGUCAGAUAGAGGUGGUAUUGAGAUUAUCUUGGAUAGUAGGGGAGAUCAUUUGCCUCAAGAUCUAGAAGCCUUAUGUUUCGGGGGUGUGGUCGUAUUUUUGGACAUGCAUGGUAAAACAUUGGUGGAUGUUGAUAUUCAGUGCUUGAUGGCGAAAAAUGCCCAAAUCGAAGUGGUUGAUAGGGCCCAAAAUUUGGACAGAAAAGUCGUUCUUGGCGCGAAGCUGUAUAUGCAGGAUGCAAUCAAUACUGGACUGGUGAAAUUGCAUCCUGGAAAGUGCUUCCAGCUUUCUGAGGCAAAUCUUGCUCAUAGGUACAUGGAGAGCAUGAACAUAGGUCAGAAAAUGUUGUCCCCUUUGGCUUCAUGGAGUCCAAGUUUAGUGCCUUUUGUUUACAAGGGGAUGUUAGCAAAAGACGUCAAGGGGAAAACACUGCUUGACUGUCAAGCGAAGGGACAAACUGAUAAAAGGCGAAAAUUAGAAUAGAGUUCCAGGGGUCUAAAAGCUACAAGUGUGUCCAAACCCAUGUUUGGAUUUUGAACUGUCCAUUCUAAAUUUUUGUAGUUCAGAUUGUGUGGCACGUACAUUUUCAGUGUCUAUUUUGAGAAUUUGCAGUCCAGACAUGAAAUGAAAGCAGAGAUUGAAUGGUCGUGAUUCACGGGGUUGGAGUCUUUGAGAUUUCUUGAUGAAAGAGCAAGCCAUUUCGGCUGAUCCUCAUCCACCCACUUUGUAAGACCAGCAAUUUUGGCAGAUCUAUAAUUGAAUCAUAUAUGGGUUCUUCUAGU